AGCAGCACCAUGAGAGGGCGGGGAGCUGAAAUGUCCGGGAAGGACUGCGUGAAAGUGGCUGUUCGAGUCCGGCCCUUUAACAAGCGAGAGCGGGACGCGGGCAGCCGCUGCGUGAUUUCCAUGGGCCCCAACACCACCACCAUCCUCGAUCCACGCACACAGCAGGCGCGCACUUUCACCUUCGACUACGCCUACUGGUCUCACAGCGGCUUUGUCCGGAACAAAGAUGGCCUCUUCGUCCCAGAGGAACCAGGGAGCCGCUAUGCAGACCAGAACAGCGUGUUCCAGGACCUGGGCCAGGGCAUCCUGGAGAAUGGCCUGCAGGGCUAUAAUGCUACUCUCUUAGCAUACGGCCAGACGGGUUCUGGGAAGAGCUACUCUAUGAUCGGGUAUGGCCCCAACAAGGGUCUGGUGCCAUCCCUCUGUGAGAGGCUGUUCCAGGCCAUCAAGAUGAACCAGGAGAGUCGGCAGUGCCAGCUGUUUUUCAGCAUGCUGGAAAUCUACAACGAACAGGUGAUUGACCUGCUCUGGAGGGGCCCGCGCUUGUCCGGAGGCCUGAAAGUGAGGGAGGAUCAGCAGCGGGGCUUUUACGUGGAGGGUUUGCGGAGGGUGCCGUGCGAGAGCGCCGCCCAAGUGGCACAGCUGAUGGAGCAGGGCACGCGCACACGCACCACUGCCACCACCCACAUGAACGCCAACAGCAGCCGCUCCCACAUGCUCAUCAUUUUGCAGCUCAAGCAGAUUUUCUCCAAGGAGAACACCACCAAGGAGUCAAACAUGAACCUCGUUGACCUGGCAGGGAGUGAGAGACAGAGGACCUUGGCAUCCGAAGCAGACCGGCUGAAAGAGGGCACAGCCAUCAACCUUAGCCUAACCACCCUGGGCAAUGUUAUCAGCUCUCUGGCAGAGGUGGCGAUGGGAAAGCGGGCGGUCUACGUCCCGUACAGAGACUCAGUUCUCACCAAGCUGCUGCAGUCUGCGCUGGGGGGCAACAGCCGCACCAUCAUGAUUGCAACCUUGAGCCCAGCGGAUACAUGCUAUGAAGAGUCUCUCUCCACAUUACGCUAUGCAGAAAGGGCAAAGCGGAUUCAGAACCGGGCCGUGGUGAACGAGAGCCCCACCGAGCGUCUCCUGAAGGAGCUGAAGGCGGAGAAUGCCAAGCUGCUUCUGCGUCUGGCCCGUCUGGGGCACGAGGGCCGCCAGGCAGACGACAAGACAAAGGAGUUACGCAAGUUACUGACCCACAAUGAGCUGCAGAUCCGUGCCAUCCAAACCCUAUGGGAACAGCACCUGCAGGAGGCGCUCAAGGACUGGGAGCAGCAAUAUGCUACUAUUACUCAGGAGAGGAGGAUGAUCCAGAUGUAUCCCUACAUCCUUAACAUCAAUGAAGACCCUCAGCUCUCUGGGGUGAUCAAGCUUUUUAUCCAGGAAGGUGAAUGGGACAUAGGACUGUCAGACUCCACACCCCGUGCCGUCACAAUUAAAGGACUUGGCAUUCAGGAGAAACAUGCGGUAUUUACCAAUGUAGAGCGGAGGGUGUCCAUCAUCCCGGUGGGACAGGCCAAGCUCAUUGUCAACGGAGUGUCUGUCCCCUGCAGAACACAGCUGCAGCACUUGGACAGGCUCAUCCUUGGUUCCAACAGCACGUACCUUUUCAUUGGCUUUCCUUCGGAGCGGGACGGAAAUGAUUGGAGUCGCUAUGACUACGACUAUUUUCAGUCUGAGCUGGCUGCUGCGGAGGGCAUCCACAUUCACUCCCCCAGGGGUGGGCGGGGCCAUCCAGACUCCAGCUUGCUGGCGGUUUUCUAUGACUACAUCAAGCUGAUGCCCAUGGUGGCAGAGGCCAAUCAAAUGAGUCAGGAACUCAACAAGGGAGUUUUUUUCAAGCUUGAGAUCAAGAACCUCGCUAUGUCUGAUUCCAAGGGUCAUGACCUAGAAAAAGAGAUUGCUGUUAGGGUUAUGUCGGUGGAAAACAAGCAAGUGUGGAUGUGGUCCAAAGCUAAGUUUAUCAAUCGUAAGUUUUUAAUGGAGGAGGCGUACCAGCAGCAGGUGGUGCAGGGGGAGUGGUGGGACGGAUCAGCCCUCCCCAGGGAUGAAGACCCCUUCUGGGACCCGCUGGAGCCUCUCCACCUGGGCAGCGCUCACCUCUGGCUGCAGUCGCUGGCCUUCCGAAUACAAUUAGAGGAGCAGGUGGAGGUGCUGGGACCCGAGGGGACUGAGGAGGCCAUGCUGCAGUUACAGCUGGUCCCCUGCAGCCCAGCAGGAUUGCCUCUUGGUGAAGACGGCAUCCUCAUCGACCCCAGCGAGCUGCUGGGGAGGAGGCUGGACUUCCAGCUGGUGCUGGAGCAGUGCGGCGGCGUACGCUGGCUGAGAGAGGCCAAGGACCGCGGCGUGCAGAUCGCGUUCAGGGUGUACAAUAUCCCCCAGCCCUUCUACACAGCACCAGUAUGGCACAAUGUUAACCCCCUGCUGGACUACAGGGUGCAGUUCACUGUGAUCAAUACAUCCCAAGACCUCCUCAACUACCUGCAGAGCAGCGCCCUGGUGCUGGAGCUCUGGGGCCUGCAAGAAGGGUGCAAGGACAUGACCUCGUCACAGGAGAGUCUUAGACUGACAGCAGAAGGCAGCGUCAUCAUUGAUGAGGCCAGCGCACUCAACGCCAUGCUGAGCCUUCCCUCGGACCUGAGCUCUUCCCAGCAGGCACUGCAGCAGGACUUGGAGAAGCUGAGGAACCUUAAUGCUGCCCUGAGGAAGGAGAACAGUGCACUGCGGGAUCAGCUGAGCGCCGUGGAGCCCAGUAACAAGGCGGAAAGGCGGGGGAGCCUGAGACCUAGUUGUGAUGCAGAACUCGCCCGGGCCCUUAAGGUCUUCUACCAUAACAUGAACGCUGUUAGCAGCCAACUGCAGAAGCUGCGCAGACACAAGCCCAAGGAGGACGCGGACCUCUCCAGCCUCACCCUCUUUGUGGAGGAGCAGGGCCUCCUCCUGAAGGACUUCGGGGAGCAGCUGGAACGAAGCAUCACUGCGCUCAAGCAGGAUGUAGCUGCUAUCAUUCGAAAGAAGAGGGAGAAAUCUGGCAUUUGGUCCUGAAACUGGUUAUUCCUUAAAGUGUAGUUUCCCAGAAUUUUCAAUCACCAUUUUCACAGGAUGGGUGAAAACAAUCUAAGCACCCUUAUCAGAUCUCAUUAGUCUCAGACACCCAUCCUCUUAUCCAAGGGCCUGUAUCACGAAGCAGGAUUUAAGGUAUCCCAGUUUAAAAUUAACCUUACCUUUGUUCACUUACAUCUAGCCCAGACUACCUUAAAUCCAACAAGUUAUCCAUCUAAGCAAGAAAUCUGGCUUCAUGACAUGGGCAUCAGGCAUUGGCAGAGUUUCUAUGUCUUUGUAACACAAAGAAAACAUGCAGACUCCGUAGAGGGAAAAGUGGGAACCAAACCUCCAACGUUGCAGAUGGAAGCCAACAGUGCUAAGCACGCUGCUACAAUAUCAUUUCAUAGCCAAGGUUCUUUAAUCUUGUAUUCAACUGCACUGAUUUUAUGAAAAAUGAUCGGACCUGCUAAAUAUUACUGUUCAAUUAACAGCAUAUCCAAUAUUGUAUGUUAUAUAAUCUUUAUUUAGUUGGAAAAUGACCCACAAAACAGGUGCAAUACUGCAAACAAACCCAGAGAUCAGCGAUCGGGACAGAAGAGUCCGCUGAUCACAUCGCAAAGAGAAGUAAAGCUUAACCACUCAUCGCAUUAGACAUGCUCUAGCUCAGCCGCAGAAUGGGUUGUGCACGUUCAACAGCUGCUAAUACCACACACCUCUAAUUUCUAUUCU